AAACACCCCGACACUCACCCGCCCCAUCCCUCCUGCAGCUCCGCUUCCUGCCCAGCCCAGCUCGCUGCAGCGUGACCGCUCCGCUCCUCUCCAUCUCCGGCACCCCGGGCACCCCGGGCCCGGCGGCAGCGCCAUGGGCAACGCGGCCGGGGGCAUGGAGGGGGCUGCGGCCAGAGAGAACCGAGACCCCCGGGCUCCGGGCCCCGCCGCCGCCGCCGCCGCCGCCGCCACCCCACCGCGGCCGCCGCCGCCCGCCCGGCAGCCCAUGCCCUCCGCGGACGAGCUUGAGGAGCGCUUCAGCCGCGUCCUGAGCUCCAUGAACCUGCCCCCGGACAAGAUGAAGCUGCUCAGCCAGUACGACAAUGAGAAGAAGUGGGAACUUGUCUGUGACCAGGAGCGUUUCCAGGUGAAAAACCCGCCGUCUGCCUACAUCCAGAAGUUGAAGAGCUACUUGGACACGGGCGGUGUGAGCAGGAAGUUCAAGCGGCGAGUGCAGGAGUCAACACAGGUGCUCCGGGAGCUGGAGAUUUCCUUGAGGACCAACUACAUUGGCUGGGUCCAGGAGUUUCUCAACGAGGAGAACAAGGGGCUGGACGUGCUGCUGGAGUACCUCGCCUUUGCCCAGUGCUCUGUCGCGUAUGACAUGGAGAGCACUGAGAAUGGCAGCCCGGGCUCUGAAAAGGGCAAACCCCUGGAGCGGUCAGUUGAGGACCUGAGCAAAAGCAACUCCUCAUCUCCCACACACGGCAUCUCCAAAGUGCGGCACCUCACCGUCAGGCUCAACCCCUCGCACAGCAGGAAGGCACUGAGGAAUUCUCGCAUCGUCAACCAGAAGGAUGAUGUCCAUGUCUGCAUCAUGUGUCUCCGUGCCAUCAUGAACUACCAGUCUGGCUUCAGCCUGGUGAUGAACCACCCAGCCUGUGUCAACGAGAUCACCCUGAGCCUCAACAACAGGAAUGCCAGGACAAAGGCGCUCGUGCUGGAGCUGCUGGCUGCUGUCUGCCUGGUCCGAGGUGGCCAUGACAUUAUCCUCGCUGCUUUUGACAACUUCAAGGAGGUCUGUGGUGAGAAGAACCGCUUUGAGAAACUGAUGGAGUAUUUCCGAAACGAGGACAGCAACAUCGACUUCAUGGUCGCCUGCAUGCAGUUCAUCAACAUCGUGGUGCACUCGGUGGAGAACAUGAACUUCCGUGUCUUCCUGCAGUACGAGUUCACCCACCUGGGGCUCGACCAGUACCUGGAGAGCCUGCGUCUCACCGAGAGCGACAAGCUGCAGGUACAGAUCCAAGCCUACCUGGACAACGUCUUUGAUGUGGGGGCCAUGCUGGAGGACUCAGAGACCAAGACGGCCGUGCUGGAGCACAUGGAGGAGCUGGAGGAGCACGUCAGCCAGCUGACGGAGAAGCUGCAGGAUGCGGAGAACGACUCCAUGGCCAAGAUAGCGGAGCUGGAGAAGCAGCUGAGCCAGGCGCGGCGAGAGCUGGAGGCGCUGCGGGAACAGCUCAGCCCGCCGCGGCCGCCCAGCCCGCCAACCCCGCAGCCACAGGAGUGCUACCGGCUGGCGCUGGAGCGGCGGCUGGCGGAGCUGGAGGAGAAGGGGUUAGUGCAGAUCCUGCGUGGGCCCGAUGGAGACGUCGCCAUCGAAAUUGUCCCCGUCGUCAUAGAAACUACAGCAGCCCCCGUGGUAACCGGAGAGGCCACCGCCACCAGCACAGAUACUCCGGCUCCAGCUCCAUCUCCUGCCCCAGCACCCGCUGCCCCACCACCACCCUCACCGCCACCCCCCCCGCCGCUGCCUGGGGCUGAGCCUGGCCCCCCCGUACCCCCUGCCCCCCCACUGCCCACAGGCAUCAUGCCCCCCCCAGCCCCUCCACUGCCAGGUGCCCAGGUACCCCCACCACCCCCACCGCUCCCUGGGGGCCCGGAGGGCCCUGUGCCACCGCCACCCCCACCGCUCAGUGGGCAGCCCCACGCUGGGCCAGGUGCCCCUCCCACUGCCAACGGUUCAGUGAAGGUGAAGAAGCCGAUCCAGACCAAGUUUCGCAUGCCUGUGUUUAACUGGGUUGCACUGAAACCGAGCCAGAUCGACGGCACCGUCUUCACCGAGCUCAACGAUGAGAAAGUGCUGCAGGAGCUGGACAUGAGUGAUUUUGAGGAGCAGUUCAAGACCAAAGCGCAGGGCCCCGGCCUGGACAUCAGCACCCUAAAGGUGAAGGCCACACAGAAAGCCCCCAGCAAGGUCACGCUCAUGGAGUCCAACAGGGCCAAGAACCUGGCCAUCACACUCCGCAAAGGCGGCCGCAGCAUCCAGGACAUCUGCACGGCCAUUGAGACGUACGACCAGCAGGCGCUGAGCCUCGACUUCCUGGAGCUGCUGCUGCGCUUCCUGCCCACUGAGUACGAGCGGACGCUCAUUGGGAAGUUCGAGCGGGAGCAGCAGCCUGCGGAGGAGCUCUCGGAGGAGGACCAGUUCAUGAUCCGCUUCAGCAAGAUCCCGCGCCUGGCCGAGCGCAUGAACGUCAUGAUCUUCCUGGGCAACUUCAGCGACACGGCCCAGCUGCUCAUGCCGCAACUCAACGCCAUCAUCGCCGCCUCCAUGUCCCUCAAGUCCUCCAGCAAGCUGCGCAACAUCCUCGAGAUCGUCCUGGCCUUUGGGAACUACAUGAACAGCAGCAAGCGUGGGGCAGCCUAUGGCUUCCGCCUGCAGAGCCUCGAUGCGCUGCUGGAGAUGAAAUCAACAGACCGUAAGCAGACACUGCUGCAUUACCUGGUGCGGGUGAUCACAGAGAAGUACCCCGAGCUGACUGGCUUCCACACCGAGCUGCAUUUCCUUGACAAGGCGGGCACAGUGUCCCUGGACGGCGUGUUGCAGGACGUGCGGAGCCUGCAGCAGGGCAUGGAGCUCACCCGCAAGGAGUUCAUGCGGCAGGACGACAGCCUCGUGCUCAAGGAGUUCCUCAAGGCCAACACGGAGCUGAUGGAGAAGCUGCAGGCAGACAGCAAAACUGCCAAGGAGGCCUAUGAGUCGGCCGUGGAAUACUUUGGGGAGAACCCCAAGACCAGUCCCCCCACUACUUUCUUCCCCAUGUUCAUGCGCUUCAUCAGAGCCUACAAGAAAGCAGAGCAGGACAUCGAGCUGUGGAAGAAACAAGAGGCUGCGGCCAAGGAGGCAGAGUCCGGCCGCCCCGGCAAUGAGGAGCAGCUCGACCUGAAGUCACCAUUCCAGAAAGCCAAGCGGCAGCAGAUGGACAUGAUUGCUGAGCUGAAGAAGAAGCAGAUGGUGAAGGAGCCGCUCAUUUAUGAAGGCAAAGACGGAGCCAUCGAGGACAUUAUUUCAGCUCUGAAAACUGUUCCUUUCACGGCCCGGACGGGCAAGCGCUCGUCCCGGCUCUUCUGCGAUGUGAGCUUCAGCGAGGAGAGUCCCCUGUAGUGGCUGCCCAUCUGCGGAACAACCCGUACCGGCGUGCAGACAAGGGCCGCGGCAGCGCCAAGAAGCGGGCGGCGGGGCAGAGCCUGCAGGCCACGCCAGACAUCUCGCUGUGAGGGGAACCGGGGC